UUUUUUUUCAUAAACGAUCUGCGCAGCAACGUGAGCUCGGCUCUUUAACGGUGCGCGUGUAAUGAAUCCGACCGCGCGCGCUUUGCGUUGAAGAACUAAGGGGAGGAAAAAGACGUGCGACAGGAGCUUUCAAGCGGCUCUGCAGUCGCCAUGAGCCGCCGUGGGAUCGGCGCGAUCGGCGUCUACGAAGCCGCGGCCGCCGUGCUGGCGAUCGCCAUCGCUUCGCUGUCCGUGUGGGGCGCGUUUCUCAUUUACCGAGCCGUUAAAGGUCAACGAAGGAAAAGGGGCAGCGAAGACCUCACGAGUGGAACGGGAAAGGAAGCCACAGCGCGAGGAAGAGGAGGCGGUGGAGAGGACGCAGAUGACUGGAGCAAGUCAACAGGAAGUGAUGACGGAGAUUCUGAGGACUGGGAUGUAGAUUCACGGAAAACUAUAACCUUGGCUACUACAACAGAACUCAUUACUACAGACCUUCUUGAGGAAAUCACCCCUGAGAAUGUGAAAGAACUUACUGCGGAUCCCUGUUCGGCUGUUGGAGACACUACUGGAAGUGACAAGGAUCUUAUCAAAUGCACGAUUGAUGUUCGUCAUAGCAUUAAUAGUAUUCAUGUGCAGCCAGGUUUGUUUGAUAAUAAGGAUAACAUUAACAGACCCUCUGAAGAAGAACCUGAGAAUGGUGUGAAGGAAAAUACCCCUGAUGAUGAGUCUGAGAUGCAUUUAGACGUGGAUGAGCCUUCUGAAACGGAGAGCGCCCAAGAGAUUUUGGAAGCUAAAAAUGUCCCUGUUCAAAAGUGCCAGUCUGUGGAAGAUCUGUUAGACAACACCCUCUUAUCUCAAGACAUUGUGAACAAGCCUCAUGAGGAAGAUAUACUCGUAACUAAUUCAGUUUUGCAUAUUUCCUCUGAUGCAACAAGUUCAGUUGUUAAAAAGACAUCGAUGGAAGAUACUGAGGUGACAACCAAGGCUUUAGAGAAGCAUAUUCCUCAGAUGAAUGACCUUGACUCCCACUGCUAUGAGGAUCAGUCUGAUCUCUUGUGUAAUCUGGCCUCUGAGAAAAUCGCAUCUAAGAUAGAUGUAAAAAACCAUCAGGACUUCAAUGGCAGCCACACCAUCUUGAAUACAAAAGUGGUCGACACUGACGAUAUUCUGGCUACCAAGCAGCACCCGAGUAGCACAUUUGACCAUAUUCUCACCAAUCCACCGCAGAACUACCUGGGCUUCACUGUACCUGGUUUGCAAGUCGAUUCAUUAGUGCCUCUGAAGCUUGGAGAAGAAAGCAAGGAUAGAACAGAGGUCAAACCAGCAGAUGUGAGCCAGAAGAAAAAUGAGAUCAGCAUCAUGGAGGCCAUUAUGGACAGCAAUGAAUGGCUUAGCACUGGACCACCAGACACGAGAGACCUGUCUUUGCUAAGUCAGACUCCGAGUAAGACCUUCAACAUUUCCUCAUCUCCAGUUCCAGCUACCACCAGUUUUAGGCUUCCUGCUGAGAUGAUUUCACGCCAAGCCAAGACCGAUGUCCCGGUGGACACCAGUGCUAAUGUCACUAAGGAUGAAGUGGAUCUUUUGAAUAAGAAAGUAGGAACAGUGUUGCCAAUGCCGCAGCUUGUACAGGUCAACUUCAGAGUUCACUACAUCACCCACUCCACCAAACAGAUUCUGGCUGUAACAGGGAACCAGCAGGAACUUGGGUCCUGGGAAAGCUUUGUUCCUCUGAGGAGCAUUGAAAAUGGGUUUUGGUCCUGCACCAUCAGUCUUCCUUUGGACAGCCAGGUUGAGUGGAAGUUUAUCCUGGUAGAAGAGGGGAAGAUCCGUCGUUGGGAGGAGUGUGAAAACCGUUAUUUUGUCGUGUCUGGGCAAGAGGAGCAGAUUCAUCUCCAUAAGAACUGGGGGUACGCCUAAAAACGAAAGCACAUCAAUCAGUGACAUUCUAUCUAGCAAUAAUAUUCAUCACGGGUGCAUUAUUUCAAACGGAUGUUAGCAUAAAUAUGAUGCAUGAGGCUGUGAUACUGUUAAUGUAGCAAUAAUGAUACCAGUAUGCACAUUUUUCUUUUCACCUUCAAUCAAUGGUUUCGCUUGUAUUUGGAAAUGCUUGUGUCGACAGCGUUUGUCCUGUGGCUCUUUAACCAGCAAUAAUAAUAUCUAGGUGUCCUACACUACUCAGAGAAAUGGUUUAUUUUCCAGUCGCUUGUCUGUUCUAGUGGUUAUGCAAUAUAAUAUUUGCCAAAAAAUGUAUUAUAUGCAGGGAUGGUAAAAACAAUUGUGUAAUUGUACUUUCCUUACUAUAUGUAAAUAUUAAUUUGCAGUGUUAAUACUUUACUUGAGUGGUAUUGAAAGGUGAUUGCAUGUUUAUUUCAGAUUUUCUAAGUACUUGUUGCCAAAUAUCAAAGGUUUCUUUGGUCAUCUAGGCUUCCACUGUAUGCUGCAUAAAAAUCAAAUGAUGAAUUAAUGAA